AUGAACGAGAUUGCCUAUCCCCAGACCCAAUUCCAAAGAUACUCAUCUCGCCAAAUUAACAAGGUUACUUACUACUGUCAAUCUCUGAAUGCGCCUGACAAGGAUGUUUCCGAAAAGAAAAACCAAAUAUAUAAAUGGUAAGUGAGACACAUUAAUCAAGGUUGAGAAAUUUGCCAACCCAACAAUUGGAGCAAGUAUUAUCCUUCACCUCUUAUUACAGAGUUCACUCCUUUCUGAAGAUGUUUAAGCAGGAUUAAAAUUUGCUUCAUGAAUAUUUCGAAUUAGCUUAAUCCCCAUAUGAGGUUAAUGUAAAAAUCAAAUUACAUCAAUACUAUUAUGUGAGAGAGUGCAAUAGAAUAGAUAUGAAUGCGCAAUGGAGAUCUGCCUAAUAAGUAUUAUUUGCACUUAAACCAUAGUAUAUUCUUGAUCACACCUACAUCUCAGAUUAUGAAUGGUUAUUUGACACUAUUACAAUUAAAGGCAAUGUUGAGGAGAUUAUUUAAUCGUUUGAAAUUCUAUCCAAAUAAUAAAUAUUCACAAAAAGUUGGAGAAUCGAGACCAAUGAGGACGAGGAAUACUCAGAAAUUAAUUUUGAUUCAUAAUAAAAUCAAAAAAUGUUCUGGACCCUAUCAGAACACAUUGUAAACGAAAUUGAAAAGGCCAUCUUAAUUAAGUAACAUAUUGUAAAUACAACUUAAGAUUCUAAUAAUUUGAACAGAAAUGCACUUAUACUAAAUAGGAUUAAUUAUUUAACUUUCAUUAAAUUGAAUUAAAUUUCAAUAAUAUCAAUUAUGAGGGUGAAACUCAAGAAUUUUAGAAGGUUUUGGAACUCUCUUAAGGGGAAAUGUAGUUUAUAGAUGAAAAAGUGCUUUUAUAAAGUUGGCUUUAGCAUAUUAAAUGUGAAAGUUUAAGUAUGAACAAUGCUGAGAAGGAAAUCCAACAUUUCCUAUAGGAGAAGGAUCUAAUCUUUUAAUCUCCUCUUAAAUACAUAAGUAAAUAUGAAAUUCAAUGUUAUAGUUACCGAAUCCUUAUUGUUCUGCAAAUAUCUGAUUUGUAAGUAAUUAAAAAAUUAAUUUCCAUUAAAAAAACCAGUUGAGGAGAAUCUGAAAGAAAAAAAAAAGCCAAAAUAAAAGCUUUCUGAUUUGAAACUAUUCCAAAAUCCAGUUACAACUCCAGUUGAAGAUUAAUCAUUGAAAUAAGUCGUUUCAUAUUUUUCAAAUUCUGGAAAAUCAAAAAUAUUACCAGAAACAGAAUAAAGACUAUUUAGUACCAAUUUAGAAGAAAAAGAGUAGCAAAUAUAUGAGCAUUCGACAGGUUUUAUGAAGAAAUUGAUUGAAACUGUUUUGAUAGAACUUGAGAAUUUUAAAUAAUAUAAAAAGAAACUUAAAAAAGUCAAAAAUACUAAAAAAUAGUAAGUAAUUGAAGUUGUGUAGCCAGAACCUUCAGUAUAAUAAGAAUCUUAAAAUGCUAUAAAAGAUGAUGAAUGGAAUGAUAAACCCAAGUCUAAAAAGUAGAGAAAAAAGUAGCUUGAAAAAUAAAGAAAAAAAGAGUAAAAUUAUUCAAUUGAUAUUUCUAGAAAUUUAGAGAGGAAGAAACUCAAAUAAAUGAACCAAUCUCAAUAGCAUAGCGUAUAAGAUGAUGAAAAAAUAGAGAAAUCAUCUAAAUCUUCGAUUAAGGAUGAUAAUGAGGACAUCGAGAAUCAAAAUGAGAAUGAUUCUUAACAUAAUAAUAAUGAGGAACUAAUAGUUGAAGAAUAGUAAAAGAAUGAGAUCAUCGAAAAAGUUACUCAAGAAAUUCCUAUCAUCACUAAUUCUGUGCCAGAUGAUGAAAGUGAUUACAUUGAAGUAUAGAAUAAAAAGCAAUAGAAAAAAUAAAGUAAGUCAAAAUCAUCCAGACACAAGAAACAAUCCAACAAGAAAGACAAGGAAUUUUAAGACAAUUAAUCUUUACCUGAUGAGUAGUAGUACAUUCCAUUGUUAAAGAAAUCUACCUCAUAAUCAGUUCAAAAGAAUAAUCAUCAUCAGUAUGAUGAACUUAAAUUAGAAAGGAUGCCAUCUCAAUAGCAAAACAGAAUAACACUAUAAAAAAAGGAAAAUGGGAUGAAUAAAAUACAAAGAUCAGGUUUAGUUAAGUCGAAAGCUCAGUAAAAAGAGUAGAAACUGUAUACAUAUGAUUUAGAUCAAGCCCAUUUAUAAAAGAUCUAUAAAACAAUAUUGGAAUAAAAGAUUACGAAUGAUGUCAAAUAAAUAUAUCAGAAAGAAAUUGAUUAAUUUAAUAGGUAUAAAGCAGCAAGAGACAUUUCAAUACAAAGGGUCUAACAUGUUAUUAAAUCAUAUUUUAAGAAUUGUGACACUUAAAUCUUUGGAUCCUCUACAACUGGAUUAGCUUUAAAGGAUAGUGAUGUUGAUAUGGUUGUUUAUGGUCUCCAAGUAUUCACAAAAUAAUAAUUGUUCGAACCUAUGAGAAGAUUGAUUGAGAUUUUCACUGAAUUAAAGUGGGCUGUGUAAUGCAAGUACAAUAAAAUUGCUAUAAAUUAGACAUAUAUUUUAAGCUUCAGUGCCACUCAUAAAGGUCUUAGUAGAUCCUUCCAUAGACUUUCUUUCAUUCAAAGGAGAACCAAAAUACAUCAUCAUGCAGUGCAGGAAUCUUGAUCUCAAUUUAAAAUAUGGAGAUCCAAGUAAUUUUGAGUUUGACUUUAGGUUAACAUAUCUUCAUUGAUAUCACAUUUGAAUUGGCUCCGUCUUACGCAAUAUAUAAUCCAUAUAUCUAAGCAUUCAAUAUUGGAUUUCAAUCAACCUAGUUCACAAUUGACAUAUGUGGAAAAAUCCAAGGAUUUUCAGAGGUCGCAAUAUAUCUAAAGAAGUUGCUCAAGAUUAAGGAUUUGAAUGAUUCAUAUACUGGUGGUAUUAGUUCAUUUUGUUUAACUAUAAUGUUGGCAGCCAUUGGAUAAGAUCACAAUAUUGGUUAGAAAUUGAUAAAUUUCUUACAUAAAUACGGAUGUAAUUUUGAUCCAAACAAGUGGGCUAUCUAUUUGGAUGAAAAAGAAUAAAAUAAUUUUUACAAUAUUGAAGAUGAAUAAUCAAAUCAACCACUUACUAUUAUUUCACCAAUCAAUUUACAAAAGAUUCAGAUCAAUGUUACUAAGAUACAAACUAUAUUAUAGUUAUUUCAGCAAUUGUAUGUUGAAAUAAUGUAGAAUAUUGAUUAGAUAGAGUCUUGCUUGCAGAAAAGGAUCAAUCAGAAAGAACUAUUAGAGAAUUACAAUAGUCACUAAAUAUCAAAAUUAGUUGACCUUGUCUCUUGGCAAUGUUCUAAUCUACUUGAAAGCCACAUUUAAUGA